GAAGAGAACAAAAGAAAAGACAGAAAGUGCACGUCAGAGUUAGCCGUAGGGUGGUCUUCUUCUCUCUCUCUCUCCUUCUCACUUUCUUUCUUGUGGAGAGGAUUACAGAGGGGAUUCCCUCUUCUCAUCCAUAUCUCUUUCUCUCUCUCUUUCUUCACAGUUGUAAGAAGUUUGGUUUGGUCCAGUUUCAUUUGUUCUUAUGUGCAUGCUUAUUAUUGGAUUUUCUUGAUUUUAGUAUAUCCAUAGGAAACUUGAAUGAAAAAAAAGUGUUCUUUACUUCUCUCUCUCUCUCUCUCUAAAUUCUUGCUUGCUUCUUUCUCUUUGUUUUCUUUAUUUUUUCGCUUGGGGUUUUGACAAAUACAAGAUUUGUUUGUUGGGUUGAUGCCAAAGGAAGAAGAAACCACAAAGACUAGAGGUAGUUGAAGGUGUUUCAUUUUUUUGUUCAGGUUCAAACAACUCUUAAAAGAAACCAAUUAUGUCACCUACUUUAUAUUUUUUCUAAGUUUGUUUUUGUCUCUUUAGAUCUUUUUAACAUAUUUCUUUGCUCACACCGUGACUAUAUAUAAGUGUUUCUUGAAAAAUCUUCAGUGCUUAUGAAAUUGAAAAUCUCAAAAUCAGCUUGCUAGAAGAUGAUGAUGAAAGGUUUAAUGAAUCAACAAGUACCUGGUGUUGUGGAGGAGAACAUGUCCAAUUUAACAUCUGCAUCUGGUGAAGCUAGUGUAUCUUCUUCAAAUCGAAAUGAUAACAAUAAUACUACUGGAGGAAUCUAUCCUCCUCAGUAUACUUUUGCUCCUCCAAUUCAACAAGCCCAACCUGCACAGCAACAAAUCAAGAAGAAAAGAAAUCAACCAGGAAAUCCAGACCCAGAUGCUGAAGUGAUAGCUUUGUCACCAAAGACACUAAUGGCAACAAACAGAUUUGUUUGUGAAAUCUGUAACAAAGGAUUUCAAAGGGAUCAGAAUCUGCAGCUACACAGAAGAGGACACAACUUGCCAUGGAAGCUCAAGCAGAGAACAAGCAAAGAAAUUAGAAAAAAGGUUUACGUUUGCCCCGAAACCAGCUGUGUUCACCAUGACCCAGCAAGAGCACUUGGUGACCUUACGGGAAUCAAAAAGCAUUUUUGUAGAAAACAUGGUGAGAAGAAGUGGAAAUGCGAGAAGUGUUCAAAGCGUUACGCUGUUCAAUCGGAUUGGAAAGCUCACUCGAAAACUUGUGGAACUAAAGAGUAUAGAUCGGAAGAGAGUGCAAGAGCGAUAACAGGAAAUCCAAUUCUACCGACUCCUUCGACAUCUCAUAUGAAUUUUCAGUUUCAACCAUUUAACGCUGAAAUUCCAGUUACAUUUUCCUUGAAGAAAGAGCAACAAACCGGGUUCAAUUUGAGGCCUGAAAUUCCAUCAUGGCUAUUGGUUGGAGGUGGUGGUGGUCCUGGACCUGGUCCAGGUCCUCCUCCGCCAUCACCUAUUGAGCUAAGCUCAUCGAUCUUCCAAUCCUCUAGGUUCGGUGAUCAGGACUACGCGCAGAAUCACCAACAACAAGGAUUCAUGAACCCUAACCCUAGUCUAUCCGGACCUACAUCCGGAGCAAUGGCUUCUUCCUCUCCACAUAUUUCUGCAACUGCGUUGUUGCAGAAAGCAGCUCAGAUGGGUGCUACCAUGAGCAACAAAGCUAGUACUGUUUCUGCAGCAGCAGCAUUAGGUCCAGCCAUGCUGGUCAGACCCCACCAAAUUCACGUGUCUUCUUCUGCUACUGCUACUGAGUCUGUUAACAACGCAACAGAUUUUGGACUCAAUUUGUCUUCACGUGAAGACCUUACAUCUGGGUUUUUCAAUAGCUUGGCUUCUUAUGGAAAUAAAGCUGCUACUGCUACUGCUUCUGCCGUAGUUGCUCACGCCACAAUGCCUGUAUCAACUCCAACUCCGUCUUCUCUUAACGAUAUGAUGAAUUCGUUCUCUUCCACUACUCCUACCGGAUUUGAAGGAUCAAACUUCGAUGAUCCAUUCAGCAGCAUUGGCAUUUUGAAUCCAAAAAACGGCAAUGGUGAUGGUAACGAUGAUAUGACGAAAGAUUUCUUAGGCCUAAGACCUCUUUCACAUAGCGACAUUUUCAACAUAGCUGGUCUAGUUAAUACUUCCAAUGAAAAUCAAUCGCAAAAUCACAAAACAUGGCAAAGUUAAGUUAAGCACAGUACAAUUUUACGCGUAAAAUGCAGGUUCUAUUCCUCCCUCUCUUCCUAGUCGUUAAUGGCUGUAAUUGUUAGUAGAUCUGUAUUAUUUUUAUAUUUUUAGCUUAUGCUUUUUUUUUUUUUGGCUCAGAAUAAAGAGAUAGCUAGAACUGGAGAAGAAAAACCCUAGCCUUGAUUGUCUCUUUUGUUAUUACCUAGCUGUUAUGGACAGUGACAUUUUUAUACAAAAAUAGUGCAUUCUGAAGCACUCGGAUGAGUAAAAUUUAAUUCAUGUUGUGGAAGGAUUUUUGUCCUUUGAA